AUGUCACAUUUACGUGGAGAAAAAGACCUUUCAUCUUUAUGUUCAAAUCGCGCGAAUGAUUUAGCAAUUCUUCGUUCAGCAAAUCGAGCCAAUCUUAUUUCUAAAAAACGAGUUGUUGAUUCCGUAGUAUUUAAAACGCUUCCUAAAAUCUCAGACAUCCAGCAAACCAUAUCAAUGGCGCUUUCUGGUGAUUUUAAUUCAUUCAAACUUAUUGCACAAUACUUGAAUGGCGAUCCCAUGCCAAUUCAAUUACUUAUCAAAGCGGAAUUCUUUCAGAAAAUGAUGUCACAAGUCGAGAACUUGACCCCGGAGUUCUUGUCUGUGUUUCUAUUGAUAUCACAAUUCUUCACGUCUGAGGGCAAAACAAUAAACCACAGCCAACUACUACUUUCAUCGGGGUUUCUAACUAAAUUGGAUGUUAUGUUGUCAAAUACAAAUAACUCAGUUGUUGUGCGCACGUUGAAUGUCACUGGAAAUAUCAUCUUAGACUCCGCAUCAUUUGCAAGUCUUUUUUUACAAUUCAAAAUCAUCGAAAAGUGCUUUUCUUUAGUCGAAAGUAAUCCAAUGGAAGAUGUCAUCGAGGCUGUUGGAUACGUCUUUGAGGCAUUAUGUAAAAGUAUUCCAAGUAAUGCUCCAAACACCUUUGAGUGGGUCUAUAAAUACUUUUUUGAAUUACUGAAGAAGAGCAGUGAGUUUAAAGACAACACUGUUGCUCAUGCACUUGUUUCGAUCGCAAAUUUAUAUUCAAAUUCAGUUUUUGUUAAAGCAGAAGACGUCCUUCCCUUCUUGCUGGAGUUUUUAAGACGGAACCGCCUUGUUGAAAACACGUUGAAUUUGAUUUUGAAGUUCACUCGGUCUUAUGGCAGCAUUUGUAAAUUGUUGGCUGCAAGCGACUUCUGGAGUGUGUGUAAUAGAUACUUGGAAAUGCCUAACUUGGACGAAAAAGUAAUGUAUUACAUCUUCUUUGUGAACUCAAAUAUUGCAUGUGAUAGUGACGAUAUGCCUUUUCUCAUUAUAGAAAAAACAAAUUUAUAUGACUACGCAUAUAAAAUAGCAAUAGAAAAAACGGUGAAGUAUACUACAUUGGUGCAAUGCUAUUAUUUAAUAGCAAAUUUGGUCUUCUUGGACUACGACGAUAUAAUGGAAUGUGUGUUUAAUAAAUUUCCAAAAACUCUUAAUAUCUUUAUUGACAUCGUUUCAAACGUCGAAGAAGAGCCACUUCUUCUUUCAACUUGUUUAAAAGCAUUUGUCAAUCUACUGAGGUACGCCAAAACGUAUGACAUUGACACAGAACAAUACUUAGAAGGGUGCAACUUAGAACAAAUUUUGUUCGACUUGAAAAGUCACAACCUUGGAGAUAUCGUCAAUGAAAAGGUCGACAAUUUGACAAAGGUGUAUAGAUCACUUCCAUCAAAAGAAGAGGAGUUGUAG